AUGAAGUUUUUUGAAAAUAGGACAAAUGGACAGAGUAAAGGAUUUGCACUGCUUGUCUUUGCCAGUGACGCAUCUGUACGCACCGUAACUGAACAAAUGCCACAACGUCAGAUUCACGGUCAAGCUCCUGUAAUUCUUCCUUACACUAAGGCAUCUUUGAAUCGUCUGGAUGAGGCCACGUCUAAAAUGCAGAGUAGGCCGGAUCCUAAGGCAGCGAAAAAGGAAGAAGCAUGUAUGAAUAUGGGAACGAUACGCAUUGGAGCAACAGGAACUGUGCCUGCUGGACCUCCGCCAAUGAUGGGGCCUCGUAUGGGUCCUGGUGCACCAGGAGGAGGAGCUCCUAUGCCGAUGAUGCCGAUGCGUCCAGGUCCUGGUGGUCCUCCCAUGAAUAUGGGAGGUGGUGGCCCAAUGGGACCGGGCGGCGGUGGUCCUAUGGGACCUGGGAACAUUAUGAACAGAGGGCCGGUCAUGAUGGGACAACCAGUAAACCAGGGUCCUAUGAUGGGCCGUCCAAUUGGUCCUCCUGGAGUAAACGCCCCCAUUGGUGGAGUACAGAUCGGUGGGCCUGUUCAGAUGGGAGUUGCUAAUCAGAUGACAACUGGACCACCUCGCCCAAUGAUGGGGGGUAACGUGCCCAUGCACAUGAGCACUGCACCACCAAUGAUUCAGCCAGGAAUGCAAGUGCAUCCAAACCGGCCGCCUCCCGGUGUCCAGUUUGGAGGUGGUCAGCAGCCGGUUAUGGGAAUGGGCCAGCAACAAAUGGUUCAGCAAGGUCCUCCUGGUAUGCGUCCAAUGACCGGUCCUCCAUCAGGGCCUCAUCAACAGCUGAUGGCUCCUCAUGGUGCUCAUAUAAAUCCUCAGAUGUUUCCAAAUAUGCAACAACAACCUCCAGUACCCGGUGCUAUGAAUGACGUGGAAUUUGAAGAGAUAAUGAAUAGAAACAGGACCGUAGCAUCUUCUGCGAUUUCUCGUGCGGUCGCAGAUGCGGCUGGAGGAGACGUCAAGUCAGCGACGGAAACUAUUUUAACAGCGAUCUCGCUUAUCAAGCAAAGUCGUGUAGCUCAAGACGACCGUUGUCGCGUUCUCGUUGUUAGCCUCCAGGUAGCUCCUAACAAAUUUUUAUUUAAUUGUAAUUUCCUAAACAAAGUGUUGUUUGUGGAAAGGCCAAAAUUUGUCAUACUCGUCACACUACAAUUUGUCACUUCUACUAUCACUAUACAAGGUGCGGAGAAAGUAAGUGCAAGUUGUUACUACCCAAACGGUUACCGCCUUCAGCCGAAUGGUCAUACGAAUGUCCGGUAG